AUGGCUGAAACUCCAUUGUAUACCGAAUCUGGACAUUUCAAGGAUGGUAUUGCAGAUUUGGCAGCCGGUACAAUGGGCUGUUUUUUGUCGGAAUUUCUUUGCAUGGCUGAAACUCCAUUGUAUACCGAAUCUGGACAUUUCAAGGAUGGUAUUGCAGAUUUGGCAGCCGGUACAAUGGAACUCUAUCAGACUGGUAUUAAAUGUUUCAGUGCAACUCUAAGAUUGGAUGGCUUACGCGGACUUUAUGCAGGUUUCUCUUACUGCUUUCUAGGAUGUUUGAGUCGUGCGGGAAAACUGUGUGAGUAUUGGCUUUUAUUCCUUUAUUUCAGCCCUUCUGUUACAUUUAGGGGUUAUCAUCCUUUCUCUUCUCGAUUUAUGUGUAUAAUGUAUAAAAUAAAUGCAAAAUUAGGGAUAUGUAAAAUUUUGGUUGAAAUUUUGUACUGUAAUGAUAACGGUUUACUCGAGAGACAUGAAUCGAAUAUUAGCACUUUGCUGGCCGAAGCGAUCUUUCGGGAAGGCUCUCGAUGGCUCAUCCUGUACACAAUGAACUGGGGGCGAUCUGAUUCCUUGUAA